AUGGGGCGCUCUUACAAUCAUUGGUCGGAGGCGGAGGUGGCGGCGCUCAAGGAGGGAGUGAGGCGCUUUGGUGUGGGCAACUGGCAGAAGAUUGUGAAUGACUACCCCGUGCUGCGGCAUCGCACGGGGGUGCAGUUGAAGGACAAGUACCGAAACAUGAUCAAGUUCCGCCACCUGGCCAUCAACGAAAUGGGGGCGUCUCCGCCGCAGCAGCGCCGCUCUAGCUCCUCCAGGGCAGCUGCACAGCGGAGCCCUGCACCCGCCGCCGCUGAGGCCGCGGCCACCGCCGAUUCACAGCCGCAAGCAGCCUCGCUUCCGACGCAGCAGCAGGCGGCGGGAGUGGCACGCAGCGCCGGUGCCAGCAGCGCUCAGCGCGCAAAGGAGCAGCAGCAGCCAGCGGCGCCGCCGUUGACAGCGCAGCAGCAGCAGGAUCAGCUGGCUGCGGAGCAGGCGGCUACGCAGCAGCGGCUGCAGCAGGCGCAGGCAGCUAUCAAGCCGGUGCAGCACGCUUAUGUGCAGCAGCUGGCCGCUGCUGCCAUCCGCCGGGCAGCGGCAGCGGCGGCGAUGGAUGAAGCAGCAGCAGUAGCAGCUCCAGGGGCGCAAGCUGAUGCGCUGCAGCAGGUUGCACAGUGGCAACAGCAGCAGGCAGAACUGGCUCAGCAGAUGCUGCUGGCUGCCAGGCAGGUGUAUCUUCAGGUGGCGGAGGAGGUACAGCAGGCGCAGGCGGCAGCAAACGCCGCGGUUUCAGCCGUCCUGCAGGCAGCAGAGACGGCAGCAGAUAGCGCACCCCUGAGCGGCAUGCUGCCUGGCACGGAUGCGCAUGUGGCGGCGACGGUAGUGCGGCACUCCAACCGGCGCAAGGCAGCUCUCAACCGCAAGCGCUUCCUGGAUGAAGAGGGCGGUGUGGAGGAGCCGCACUCUCGGCCAGUGAGCUCGCAGGGCGGCACGACCGCGGCAGCCUCGGGUGUGGCGCAGAUGGAUGUGGAGGAGAUGGAUGGCAGCAGGCCGCCCAGCGCGGCGGGCGGCAAGCGGCGCAGGGUGGGCGCCCAGAAGCGGCUGCACGAGGACACACGCUUCGGUGCGCUGCCUGCCUUGAAGCCCUGCUGCGGCAGCGCUGCCGGCUGGCUGGCUGCAGCUCUGUCUGCUGCUUGCAGCCACGUGUGUGCUGCAUCCUGCAGGGGUUCGGCUGGCUGGCUUGCUCUCGCCCUGAUGGUGAGCUUCUCAGUUUCUGCCUUCUUCCUGGUGGGGUUUGCAGGCAUUUACGAUGAUCGGCGCUACCGAGCAGGGCCUGCCGGCUCUGGCUCCGAGGCACCACUCGCCCACCGGCGGCGUACCAGUUCGGGCGGUGGCUCCGCGCCCGCACACAGCGACGGCGGCGUGCGAGGGCGGGGUGGCGCCGCCCGCGGGGGCGCGGCGUUGCAGCGCCGUCGCCGCCGCCGCCGCCAGCCUCACCACCUGGCCUCUGAGUUUGGCAUCAGCGAUGACGACGAGGACGAGGAUUUUGAGCUGGAUGCUGAGCUGGCAGACGCUGAGCUGGCAGAGGCAGACGAGGCAGAGGAAGAGUGGCAGCGGCAGAUCAAACAGGAGCAGCAUGACGUGGACUGCUUGUGCGGUGUCAGCUACGACGACGGGGAAGAGAUGAUUGAGUGUGAGGGGUGCGGCGUGUGGGCCCACAUCGCCUGCCUGGCGCGGUAUGGCAGGCUGCGGCACAGCGCAGAUCGCUACAUCUGCAGCCGCUGCCAGGGCGGCUUUGGGAGCCCAAUGGCUGCCGGCACGCCCACUGCAGCAGGGGCCCUGUCCCCGCGGGGCGUCGCGGUUGCGCUGGGUGCCAGGCGGCAAGCGUUCCGCAACGACAGCUUCAACAACGACGAGCUCUACGAUAUUGCUGCCUUCCUGGACAACAUGGGGCCCCACCACCGCCUGAAGCUGCAGCGCAGCGGCAGCCUCGGCCCCGGCUCCGCCCGCGCGCGCAGCGCCUCGGCGCAGCAGCUGGCGGCGCUGGGCAGCAUGGAGGCGGCGCUGGGCUGCAGCAGCCCCCGCGCAGCGCUGCCGCUCGGGCUGCCGGUGCCGCAGUGGGGUGGCAGCAGGCCGCGGCGGCCGCGCAACCGUCGCAGUGGCAGCGACCUGGGACAGCACCCCUGGCCCUCGGCGGAUGUAAUGGUGCCAGCACCGCACACCAAGCGGCACCGCCUGCCGCCGCCGCACCCGGGCACCGCCGCAGGCGCGGGCCUGGCGGGGCCGCUGUCUGGCUGGCAUCAGAUGCCCUCAGCUGUGGCGGCAGGCCUGGCAGCAGCCCACCUCUCGGGCCUCCACCAGCAGUCGCACAUGCAGCCGCCUCCUCAUCUGCCGCCAUUCAUGCCGUUUGGCGGGCCGCCGCCCACGCUGGGCGCGGCCACACGCCUUUCGGAGCAGGGGCUGUCGCCCGCAGCCGUCGCCGCCGCCGCCGCGGCUGCUGCUGCUGCGGCGGGCAUGACUCUGGGGCGGAGCUGGGGGCAGCAGCCGGAUACGUCUUCUGUGGCAGAGCCAGCGGCACAUGCACAGCAGGAGAACCAGAAGGCAGCAGCAGUGGCAGAGCUGAUGCAGAUCAUGCAGGGGGCUGGCAGCGGGCUGGGGCUGCCACCGCCGCCAAGGCCAUCCCUGCCUGCCGCCACCGCAUCGGCGCUGCUCAGCUCGCGGCAGCCCACGCCCUCGCCGCCCAUAGACCUCAUGCACCGGGACCUGCAUGAUGUAGACCUGCAGGAUGACCUGCAUGCCCAGGACUGGCUAGCUGCAGCAGCCUCACUGGCCCGGGCAGACAGCCAGCCCACGUACCCAGCAUUUCCAGUGGGGCCCCUGGAUGGCGCCAGCGGCAGCCACCACCUGCCCAGCCUUGGUGGCUCGCCCGCCCGCCCGCCCUCGCUCUCCAACGCUGGGGUGCUGCCGCUGCCGCCUCCGCUGGCGCCCAUGCUGGGGCUCCAGGAGCAGCACCAGCACUGGAUGGCAGUCAUGAGCUCGCUUCAACAACAGCAGCAGCAGCAGCGUGUAGGGGCAGGGCGGGGCGAGCCAGCGGCGGCGGCGGCAGGGGCGGCAGCGCCGCACCUUCGCCCGUCCCUGGCCCUGGGCCUGCCCCCGGAGCCGCCCUUUGCUGCGGUGGAGGGCCUGCAUGGCCUCACGCCUAGCGCCUCCGCCCGUGCCGACUCGCUCAUGAGCGGUGGCAAGCUGGGCACUGCCGCUUCGGCGACCGCUGCAAUUUCGCGCAUGGCGAGGAAGAGCUUCGAACGCUCCCCGCACGGGGAAAUCCUAGCGGCAGCGGCGGCGGCGGUAGGGGGCGCGGGCGGGGACCAGAGAGCGGUGGUAGCAGCGGCGGGCGGGGCCAGCUGGGAUCCGCCAGAGUGCUGGAAAAAUGCACCAAAGACCAACUAGGUGCCUGGGCGCGGGGUGCCCUUAGUGCGCGCAUGCGCUUCGACCCCAAUUUAGCUACCUAGUACCCGGCACCCGCCUGGGCUGCCCCGUCGGUCACACCCCACUCAGGGUUGCGCGCUUCGACCUGCUGUGAACCAACGACCUGCUUCGACCUGCUGUGAACCCUGACCCCUCAUUGUCGCU